UCCUCUUCUCCUCGCCUUCCUUCCUCCUGAGUCCCGGCUCCAGUGGGGUGGCGAUGCUCGGCCCAGGAGGAGCCUGAAGGAUGAGGCUCCCUCCUCGGGAGCUGCUUCUCCUCUGCUGCCUCCUGCUCUGCCUCCGGGCCCCUUGGGCGGCGGGCUUCCUGGCCAGCCCCUUCGAUUCCUGCCCCCGGAGCUUGGAUUGCACUUUGCAGCGGAGAGAGUUCUGCCCCCCCGGAUCACGCGCCUGCGGCCCUUGCCUCCCUCAGUUCCUGGAAGAUGGAGAAGGCAGAUGCAUUCCCAAGACGCGGACAGCUGGCGGUACGGGUCGAACUGCUUUUCCCAACUUAGAUGAAGAAAUUGAUUUGGUUGCGGAUGCGCUCUCCAGACAGGAGGAUGCCAGCCAGCCGCGACUGCGCCAGAAUGACACUGCAGCCCCUACAAGUCUGCACUCCAGGGUCGGCGUGCCGAAAUCAGGGUCCAGACAGAAUAGCCCAGCGGACGUGACCCCUCGCUCUCCCUCCGGAGGGGUUGAAAGUUCCCCAAUGGAGUCGCCGCGCAUGUCUUCAAACGAUGCUCUCAUACUCGGGAUGAUCGUGGUUUGCACGGCUGCAGGAAUCGCAGCUCUCGUGGUGGCAGCCGUUUGCUGGUGCAGGCUUCAGAAGGAGAUCCAGCUUGCUCAGAAAGUGGACUACCCGGCUCACAGUCUCCCCGGUCCUCCGUCCUACGACAAAAUCUCGCCCGGCGAUAAAAAGUUGGCACAGAGCGCUCAGAUGUACCACUAUCAACACCAAAAGCAACAGAUGCUCUCUAUUGAGAAGCAUAAAGAAGAGGCCAAAGUCCCUGAAUCUGCAUCCUCAGAUGAAGAGAAUGAGGACGGAGACUUCACGGUGUAUGAGUGUCCCGGCUUGGCUCCCACUGGCGAAAUGGAAGUCAGGAACCCGCUUUUUGACGACUCCUCGCUGCACCCACCGCCCCCCAAAUUGCACCCGUGACCUCCGUCCGAGAGCUUUCCACAGACUUGUCUCUGCCUCUAGGAAGAUGCCCCAAAGCGCAGCAGACCCUGCUCUUCCUCCGGAGAGAGCAAGCCCAUCAUCCACUGCCACCCCAAUGAUGGCAGCAGCAGCAUGUCUGGACUCCUGACUGUUAACUCCAUCCCUGCCUGCAAAAAGAUUCACAAAGUCAUCUUGGAAAAUAAACCCGUUUUCCGGAUCCUGGGUGCCGUUCCUUCCCACGCUUCGGCUUCCCAUGGCUGCAGCCUCUUCUUGCCGGUCCUGCAUUUCACUUGGCUGGGAAGAUAUGGGAAUUGGGGAAUGGAGGAAUUGGGGAAUGGAGGAAGAAACAGUCGGAGGGUUGACUCUGGUCUCUAAUCUGACUUCUCUUCUUUUGCAUUCUCCUUCCUUCUCCUCACUUCCAGCUUCAACCCAGCAAUGGAGCUCCUAGCAAAGGAAGCAUUGGGACACCAAUGUGCUUCUUAUGUGCAUAAAUCCACGGGUGUUUCCCCCUCCACCCACUUCCCCAGUUUGUUGAACCAUAUACUUUCCAUGAUCUUGUUUCAGAAGCUCAUCAUAGUUAAGAGCUUGUAUGGAGACCCACAUCUUGGCCAUAAUGGUCCAGAUGGACCUCCAGAAGCCUGACUCUGUGAAAGGCGGCUUCCUCUCUUCUGAUCCCUCUUUGCUUUGAAUUUUGCAAAGUGCUCCCAAAUGUUAAACUCCCUCCAUGAAACAAAAUGGCUUUCAAAUAAUUACAAUUCCAAAUAUGGGAGAGUAUGGGACUUGAACUCGCAGCUGGCGAGUCCAUCUCUGUAGCCCCAAAGCGCAUGGGAGUGAAGAUGCAAUGUGUGCAUGUGGAGUGUGUCUUUGGGAAGAGUUGUAUUCAGCUGACGGUGGUGUUUAGUGGAGUUGCGCAGGAGGGACUGUUGUGUGGCCAUUAGUGCAUUAAAGUAAAGCAGUGUGUGAAUGUGCAUUGUCUCUUUGUGCAUUGGGCAUUGCAAUUGCACCAUGGGUGGUGGUCAGCCAUGCGCACUGAUCAUUGACCCUUGUGUAAUGGAAGCUUAGCUGGUAGUUUUGCUACUCUGAAGCCAUGUGGGAUCUUGACUUGUGGCUCCUAUUAAUCCAGGAUGGUGGGGAGUGAGCAAGUGCACACAUGCUCAGUUGCGCACCGAUCCUGAGCAUCCCUCUUAGCUUUGAUAGACCCCUCUUUGUCCCAGAUGUCCCACUUUUGGGAUACCAGUGACACAGCAUUGUUUGCACCAACGUUGCUACUGGCGCACGGGGUGGAGGGACGAAAACGCCACGUUCAAUUAAUCCUUUCUUCUUCCUCUCUUUUUCUGUUACACGCAACUUUCUCUCUCUCUCUCUCUCAUUCACUCACUCCAAACUGAUUCUUGUACCAACUAUGUUUAGUAUGACUUUAAGAAGAGCAAAAUUUUAUUAAAUGACCAAAUUUCAAACUGA